GCGGAAUUUUAGAAAUGGAGGGUACCGAAACUAAAACACCAAGUCCUACUUCAAACGAUUCAAAACUUAAGAGACCAUUAUUGCCAUCUUCUGAUGAAAGUGAAGUCAACUUGCUUAAGAAGAGACUUAGAGAUGCCAAAUCUCAAUAUGAAAAAGAGAUAGCGAUGAUACAACAAAGAUGAACCAAUUUGGAACGAGUGAACAAUGAGCUUGAAAAGGAGAAAGAAGACCUGAGGAAUAUGUACAAAAACUUCGAAAAAGUUGGCCAAUGAAUAAACCAUGAAGAGGAACAUAACUCAGAAGAUUUUAAGAAGCUCGAGGAAAUACAAAAAGUAGAGAUUGAAAACAUAAAAUCUAACUAUGAACGUGAAAUCAAGAGACUUAAAGAAGAGAAGGAUGAAGCUAUCAAGGAAAGUAAAGAUUUUGAGAACAAAAUUCAAGAAAUGAAAUCUUCUCUGUCAAGUAUGAAAUUUGACUACGAGAAUGAUACUUCUUCCCUCAGAUCUGAGCUAGAAACGGCUCAGGAAGAGAUUAAGUCUCUUCAGAACACCAUUCAGGCUAACAAGGAUGAAUUUAACGAGGAGUUAAGGAAUAAUAGGGACAAAUUUGCUGAAAUGAUUGAGAAAGAGAAGAAUAAAAUAACUGAAGAAUUCAAACAAAAAGAGUCUACUCAUGCCCACCAAUUUGAUGAAGUCAAAAAUCUUGCAGAGAGCGAGAAGAAACUUCUAAGCGAGAAACUUGACAAUGCAGUGAAUGUUAAGGAAGAGCUUGAGAUGAAGAUAUUGGAGUUGGAGAGCUCAACUAAUGAUAAUGAUAGCGCUGAAGAGCUUAGGUCUCUUGCUGAGAGACUUAAAGCCAAAGAAGAUGAAUUAAAAGAAGUCAAGAGGAGAGCAAAAGAAGAUAUUGAAACUCUCAUGCGCUCAGAAUCUGCUACGAAGGAUAAAAAUGCUAGCCUCACCCAAGAUUCGGCUAAGCUGAAAUCAAAGCUUAAAAAGACAGAGAUGAAGCUUGAAAAGACAGAGAUGAAGCUUAAAAAUACUCAGAAUGAGGUAACUAAAAACAAAGGAUUAAAAGAUGAGGAGAAAGAUCACUACAACAGUCUUUUAAACGAAAUUGAAAGCCUUAAAAUCAGAAAUAAUGCACUCGGAAGGCAUAAUAAGUGCCUUGAAGAAGACAUCAAGAUCCUUCACCAGGAAAAGAAAGAAACUAUCAUAAAUUUAGACAAGGAAAAUCACUCUUUGAGGAGCAAGUGGAAAGAAGAGAUUAGGAAGAACUCUUCGAUGAAAGAGACUCUUGAGAAGCAGAAGGUAGAAAUGGAGAAGAAUAAAGCCAAAAUGACUGCUCUUCAGUACAACUAUCAAACAAAGCUGAGUAAGAAAGAAAGAGAGCUUAAGGAGUUGCAACAGCAGAGAAGAGUUGAAGAGUCUAUCAAACAAGAAAGGACUAUCAAUGAUAUUCAAAAAUCUGGAUAUGGAAUCAAUGCUAGUAUCCAUCUCAGAACUACUAAGUCUCAGCUUGAUUUGAAUGAUAAGACAUCAGAAACUGUUCUAUAUGGGCAAUAUGAUGAUACCACAGACAACAGUAUUAUUGAAACUUUGAAUAAGAAACAUAAGAGAAGACCUAGCUCUCUAUCUAGUGCUGAAAGAGUUGUUAGAACCAAAAAUAAUGAUUAUAACAAGAAAUAUGAUUAUCAGAAUAAUUUAGAAGAGUCUUAUGGUUCUCAGAACUAUAUGAACACAAGCCCUGACAUUGUUUAUGAUGAUAAAAACAAUGAUAAAGAUGGAUUUGAUUAUAAUGAAGAGAAUGAAGCAAGACAGUUAUCAAUGAGCUACUUAGAGGAUGAUUAUGACAACUCAGUUCCCAAAACUCACAGAGAUGAGAGAAACACAUCAAGACCUCAGCAAAGAGAAGAUUUUAACUCUGUAAGCUUUUUUUAGUUUGAAAGUAAAGAAAACUCACCAGAAAGAGAACACAUGCUAUAAAAUAAGCCCAAUGGUUAAGAAUACUUCGAGCACUAAGAAUUUAAAAUCAGGACAGAUCUAUGAUGAUUGCUGCCCUACAGCUGCUGGGAGUGCCGUCAAGUCUAAAAGUAUUAAGAAGCUUGGUGCACAUAAAUCUGAGAGAGUAAUUGAUGAUUUCUCACCUCAAAAUACCGGAAAUUACCAAUACAACUAUGCAAGUGAGUAUACAGCUGACAUGAGGUUUGCCAAGGCAGAUGAAUAUGAAUAUGAUACUCUUGAUGCGACUGCAGAGAAGAUCAAAGAUCUCAGCUAUGAUCAUGACUUCAACAGAAAUAAAAAGUCUAAAUACCCCAAAUACUCUAAAUUAAACAGAGAUGAUGUGAUGAAUACCAUCGACUCACGCUGCCAUAACACUUUCGAUACCAGAGAAAUAGAAGAUGAUAGAGAAAAUGGAUAUAACCUCGACCAAAGGAAAGAUGGAGGCUUUUCAGACUUUAACAAUACCCUUGGAGAUCCUUAUGAAGCUGAAAACAAGUACAAGAGACAAAGCAAUGAAAAAUAUUCAAAAGAAAUGAUUAGAAGAAGUCAUAAUAGGUCUAAAGAGAGAAAUCAGGAUUAUGACCCUUAUGAAGAAGAUAAUGAAAGAUCAUAUUCCCCUAAUAAUUAUGAAAAUUAUGGUCAAGCAUAUGGAAAGUCUCGAAACCCUCAGAAAGCAAAUUUUGAGAAAUGACAAAAGCUGAAGACUUCUGAUUAUUCCACACAGAACAUGUAUACUGAACAGAAAAGUUAUAGAGAAUAUCGUCAAGAGAAAAAUCCAAAACGUGAAUCUCGACUCAGAAGGCCAGAUAUGAAUGAGCAUAAAGUGAAUCAAUCCUCUAUUUCCAAAAGGGACAACUAUUAUCCUGCUGAACAAGAAGAUAACUUGUUCCUUAAUGAUGAAGAGCUUCCUUCAAAAAGUAUCGAGAAGAAGUUGAGAUAUAAGAGUCUUGAGAACAAUCGUAAAUCCAAGAGAAGUAGGAUGAAUAACUACUUGCAGAAUAUUCCUCAGAACAGAAACACAUAUGAUAUAAGCCCUAAGGAGUCUAAGAAGGAUCAGUAUAGGACACAUCAUGUGAUCAAUAUUGACGAUCACAUGGACCAGGAGUACCCUAGCUAUCACAGAGCUGAUAAUCAUCAGAGAGUUAGGAAGGAAUAUGGGGAUAAAAGCUUAGAAAGAUACACAACUUCUCCUCACAUCCCACAAGUUCCAAAGGAGGGGAAGAAGAGAUUGCAAAAGUCUUCUUCAAGGAACAACAUUCGGAGGAAACCUCACAGACAACAACACGAGUCCUUCCAAGAGAAUGUCCCUGAGAAUAUAAGCAAAAACAGGAAUACUGCCAAUAACUCUACUUCCAGGAGUAAUGCAGGUUUUUAAAAAUGAGGUGAUUUUUGACAAUAAAAAGUACAAUGAGUUCAAAAGAGUACUAAAAGACCAGAUUGGGAGAAGCAAUGAGAUGGAGAACAGUAAGGUAGAUGAUACAUUCACCUACUCGAUUGAUCCAGAAAGUAUGUUUAACAGCCGUGUUGCACCAAACGGGAAUUAA